CAAAACUGGAAACCUGCUCAUUUCUGGCGUGAGGGAUGGCGCUUGUCAAGAUGGAGUGCGAGGAUGUGUCAGAGGAGGCGACCUCUGUAGUACCGAAGAGGCAAAGACCCAAAGGCAUUCCGUCCGUGGUACGUGGCAGAUGGAGAUGUGGCUGCCGCGCCUGCAUCCAUUUGCUCGUGUGUGUGUGUGUGUGUAUCAGCUGUCCCAGUAUUGCGAGAACUGUGGCGAAUGGAAUCACUUCCGGCGCACCACAUGCACCAAGUGCCUCAAGCCGCUGGUAUGAACGAACGAUAGAGACCGAAGCACACAUCAUGUUGUACUUGUCGCCUCUCUGUGGUGUAUGUACAUACAUCGCAUAUAUCAGGGUGAUGAACCAAUGCCAGAAUACGGGUGCGUGAGUGAACAGACAACCAACAAGGCAGAUAGCGAUGUUUGUGCCUGCGGGAAACACAUGUGUGUGUCUGUGUGUGUGUGUGUGUUGGUGUCAGGCUGUUUUCGUCCUUUCCCGAGUUUGUCCCGCCUCCGCAGCUUGGUAAGCUCAGCCCACACCUGCAAGAUCCCAUCACUGACUGGUUGAACUACCGAGUGGCGAAUGUGUGCAGCCGCUGAGGGUCAUGCUGCUCUUCCAUUUCUGGUGGGUCCCCAGCUGACGGAGGACAACCAGGUCCUGUAUCGGUUGGCGCCUGACGAGAUGGCUGCAUUCAUACCACCUGACUAUGAGGUGGGUCGGUGAGCCCAUCGAAAACAAUAGCCAUCUGAGCCAUCCCUCUCCUCCGUCUGUCAUCAGAAUGCCGUUGAGGUGCAGUACGACUCCUCCCAGCCCUGCGGCCUACGCCGCUUCCAAGCGGCCAACCCAUUCGUGCAUGCCGACGAUGCCGGAAGCGCAGCCCCUGCCCCUCCCUGUCACUGGUUCAUCAACGCAGGCGGACCCGUGUUUCGCAUGGCCUUCAGUCCGCCUGUCAGCCUGCCACCAGGCAGCGAGGCCGCGGCCACUCUCCAGCCGCUCACGGUUGAAGAUGACGAGGACGCUGGGAACGGGUGUGUGCCGGUGGGCAACUGGGACAGCUCUCUCAACUCGGCCAAGAAGGUCAAGGGCGGCAAGGGGCCGCCCGACCAGAAUACGCCGGCGGGGCUCAUGAUGGACCACAUCGACCACAACCUGAGCUACGUUGUGCUGGCCAUCGCUGCUCACUCACCCUACGCGGCUCUGCAUACGGUGGAGAGGGCCGUCAGCGGCCCCUCGCUCAUUCAGUUGUGGAUGGUGGCAGGCGACCCCGUCAGGGAGCCUCAGCUGCGGCUGUGCAUCGCGCAUGAGGUAAGGACAGACAGGCAGCCGACGGCUUUCAACAAGUGUAGGUCUUUAUCCUCGGCUGGCUCGCUGCAGGGGGGCUGGGUGCGACAUGUGGAGUGGGUGCGGCACUCUGCGAUGGCCUUGGAGGACUCCACCGAGCUGAGGAGGGUCGGGCUGCUGUUCGCUGUGCUGGGUGACGGCACGUGCUGUCUGUGGGAGGUGCCCGCGCAGCCCUUCACAGCGGAUCCUGCUCCUGCACCAGUGGCAGAGGGCGCUUCGUCGAUGGAUGUGAUUGCCAGCAUGUGAGCAGCCUGGCUGCCUGGAGCACAUUCACGCGCAGCCCUGAACAAGUCAAGUCUGUUCUCUAUCUGUGUGGUUGCCACGCACGCAGCACAUUCCGUCUGCCCCCCGUGUGGCGGACCGGUCCGGAGCAUGGUCUUCUCACUUGCGGCGCCAUGGCACAAGGUAUGUAUGCAUGAUAACACAACACGCACACGAGACGACAUGACGAUCUAUCUGUAAGCCUGCCUGCAUGUUGUGUGUGCAGCGUGGCCCUAUGACCUGUUGGUGACGGGAUGUGCUGAUGGCCGCAUCCUCGUCUGGCACAUCCACAGCGACCCUGACAUGAGUGACGGCCAUCACCAAGGCCACGGUGGGUACCGACUGGCGCCCUGCAGCAUCCACUGGGCCACGCCAGCGGUAUGCAUCCACCCACCCACACACUCACUCGCACACACUGGGGAUGCGAUGCGCAUUGUGUUGGUCAGCCGGUUCGGACGGUGACGUGGCUGCCGACCCCCGAGCAUCACCUCUUCCUCACCACAUCUAAUGACGGCGACUGUCUCCUCUGGUCAGCCAAUUACACAGAGAUCGGCAGACAGCACAGCGGGCAUCAACCGAUGUGCGCGCGCGUGUGUGUGUGUGUGUGUCUGUCAGGGACCGUCGUUUGUCCCACAGCCCGUUGGCCAAGUACGUGCCGACACGCAUGCCCGUGACUCAGGUGUCGGCCUCUCCCCUGGUGGGUACUGUGGUGCUGGGCGGCCUCACGGACGGCAUGGUCUACAAGCUGGGGCCACAGCUUAGGGGGGCGGGUGGUGGGACUGCAGCAAGCGGCACUGAGGGGGAGGGUGUGGGGUCGGGGCACCACACGAGGUUCCGGCUGAACCACUACAACACCCACUGCCACUGCACCACUGUGUGCGGCCAAUACGCUUACGCCACUUACAAAGACGGCAUGUGAGCCAACACAACGCCAGCCAGACACGAGCAACGAUACAGCUUUGUUUGUGGUUGUUGUCAUUACUCGUGCGUCCAGAGUGACCACGACGCCUCUCGCCCUGAUCCACCGGAAGAGGCAGUCGUGUUUCGGCAAGCCCUUCAAGUGGACCGUAGACCUCCCCAGCCCCCCUCCUGCCGCCGCCAUGGACCGACCAGCAGCAGCCCAGGAGCCCUCCCCAUCACCGGAGGCCCGUCCCCCUUCCCCUCCUGCCGAUGACCAACAACAGGAGGGAGACUCGAUGCAGAUCGACGUCAAGCCAGACGUCAAAGACCUGGUGCCUGUUGCUGCUCCUGCUGCAAGUCAGAUUGUGGUCAGCCCGCCGCCAGUACCCCUGAAGGGGCCGCUUUUGGUGGAGAAAGUGAUCGAGGCUGACGCCGAGUGGGCCCACAAGCGGCACCAGCAGUGCCAUGAUUACCCCGCCGCCGCGAUGCGCAUCCGUGUCUCCCGCGACCCCCGGUUCUUCAACCUGCUGGAGGAAAAGCCGGCCGCCCUGUCUGCCGACGGCCAAACGCCCCUCCCGAAGGCAAAGGCAAAGGCCAAAGCCAAGAGGGGCGCGAAGCGUCCGAGGCCCAGCAUGGAGGAUGUGCUGCAAGAGCUGACACUUAGCCCGCCGGACACCGACAGUGCUGGUGGUGGUGGGCAAGAGGACGAGGAGAUGUUAAGUGAGGCAGAGGAGGCGAAAUUGAGAGAAGAGGCUGCCAAGAGGGAGAGGGGGGAGAUGUGUGGGCGGGAGAGGGAGCUCUUCUGUGUGGCCGCGCUUGACAGGAUGGUCUAUGGCGGCACUCUGCCACUGCUGGCCUAUGGCGGCAGGGCCGGCAUCGUACACGUGUGCGUGCCGCAGCAAAUGUGACCGACCCACUGACACAGAUGGAUGCAUUCAUUGGUGUGUGGAUCAGAG